AUGUGUCCGCCGAGCUCUUUGCUGGUGCUCCUAUCCAACCUUGUGGUGUUCUCCGCAGCGAGGUUUGUAAGUGCACCCGUGCGCGUAACGGGAUGGUCUGGUGGCAGAAGGGAUACGUCGCAGGGUUGGGCAUUGACCUGCCUUCACGGCUCCCUCGAAUGCCAGGAUAUUUGCUGUGACUCCGACAAAAGCCGUUGCACAGACUUUGGAAGCCAUUUCAAAGCUGCGGAGUUUGCAGCGACUACGGAAAUAAGAGGAUGUGGCGUCAAGGAUGAUGUCACGCGACGGCGGGAGUGUUGCGAAUGUGUCUCAUCUGACCCCCCUCCGCCUCCUCCCGUGAUGCCCAAUGCCAGUGACUGCUCUUCCGAUUGCGCCCCUUUUGUUGUGGCCAACCUCAACUGUCCUGCUGGCUAUGAGCUUUCAGCGCCGUUGCUGCUAUGCUACGGUUGCAAUGAGGCAGAAGGCUAUGCUACCCGUGUGGAGCACCACGUUACGAGUGGCUGGGAACAUGACUGUCCGCAAGACGACAUGGGACUGUGGUUGUGGGGCCAUGAAUGUCAUACUUGCGUGCCAAGUGGAACAGUCACCGCGAGCACCACCACCACCACAUACUUUCCUUCUUACUGGAGCGUCGGUGUCGCGGAGUCUUGUGCCCCACCCACCACCACAACGCCAGAUCCUCGAGGAGAUAGACGGUGGGAGUUGGUGGGAGCUGCAAACAGCAGUGCCUGUCGCGGGAGCAGCCUGGACGACAACUCCCCGAGCCACUACGAAGUGGUGACGGCAAAAGACAUCGAAGAGUGCAAAACACGAUGCUGGGAGCAAUUCCCGAGUUGCAAAGGCAUAGAGUACAGCACUGGCCGUUGCGAACUCUGGACGCGACCGGAGGGGAUUUUCAUGACAAAGAAUCUCAGCGGCUUCACCUGCAUGCGCUAUGGAUGGGCCGGAGGCUUCCACCUGCAGAAGGAGUACAGCAGUAACCGCUACCUGUCAUAUGCAUGUCGUGGAAACGAUCCGGCUGACACUGAUCCAAGCUACUAUACGGUGGCAUCCACAGCACUCAUUCAGGAUUGUCGCGCGAGGUGCGUCGCAGCUCCCGUCUGCCGUGGCUUCGAGUUCACAAACGGCCGAUGUGAGAUCUGGAAUCGCAGGAUCAACGACGUGUCGCGGAGACCGUACUCCCCUAUACACCCAGAGUAUUUCUGCUUCAGCUAUGAAGACAGCAUGAGUGUGCAGGACGUCGUCGGAGAUCGGGCUUGGGAAGCUGUGGGCCCUCCAGGCAGUUCGGCCUGUCGCGGGGACAGCGACACUGACAGCAACCCAGUGCACUACACGGUGGUGCAAUCGUUGAGCCUGGAAGACUGCCAAGCUUGGUGCGUGAAGGAGUUCCCUCGUUGUCGAGGUGUUGAGUACAGCCAGGGCCGCUGUGAGCUCUGGACCAGGCCGGAAGGGAUCUUUCUCACCAAGAGCGUCAGUGGCUUUACUUGCAUGCGCUUUGGAUGGGUGGGAAGCUUUCAGCUGAUGGGUGGUGGUGACCGAGCCUGCCGCGGCUAUCAUCCCGGGGACAACUCCGAUAGCAACUAUGUUGUCCACUGGCGAAUCUCCUUCGAGGAAUGCAAAGCAAGGUGCAUAGCGUCUCGUCCUGUUUGCUCCGGCUUCGAGUUCACAACCGGCCGGUGCGAGGUUUGGACCAAAUCGAUCGAAGCCGUUUCUUCGGGAGUUUUGCCAGGAUACAGCUGCUUCAAGCGCGUGCAGACGCUCCCCCCUUUGCUGCUAUGA